AUGCCAAUAGAGGAGAAAUCCCAACCUAUCAAAGAUGAAAAUACCUUGGUUAAGCCAGACCACAAUGGAUUGAUAUUAGGCGUAGCAUUAAGAGUAGUUGAGCCACUUAAACAAAGUAUUGCCAAAAGAAUAGCCAAUGCUGUAUCAAAUCCAUGUCCACUUCCUGAAUUAUCUGGAGAAAUUAUUAACGUGAAGGAGAUAGAAGAUGCAUCAGAAGCUUAUCCAGAUUUCUUGAGCAAAAAAUCCAGUACAACUCUUAUCCGCUCCCCUAUGAUGACAGGAAAAACAAAAUGUCCAGGAAUGGUUAUUGAUUCAAUUGACUAA